AUGGCUGGGAAUCAAAGGCACCGAGUGCCCCAAAUCAACGGACCCGAUCCGGAAGGCCUGGCAGCAUCAGCAGGAACCGGAAUGGAAGGGGGUCCAAAUUUUGAGAUCAAUAUACCCCCGUUCAUUGGCAGACUUGGAGGAAAUGGAGUCGCCUUGUCCCGCGAGCCCUCCAAUGAGGCUUUCCUGGAGAAGGUUCCUGAUGCGGCACCUUUGAUGAGUCUGAGGGACAUUCUUAACCCUAAGCCUUUUCUGACGGUCAGCCUAUGGAAGUCAGCAUUGAUGGAGGGCGUCGGAUCCUUGAUGCUUGUCUGGUUAACUAUCUACGCCAAUGUAUCCCCCGCCAUCAUCCCGGCGGCACCGACACAGCGUUGGGGUAAUUUCGACAACGCAUCAUUCAUUGGACCUCUUGUUGGCGGCAUACUCAACUUCUUCUACAUCAGCAUGUUCACCUUCUGCUUUGGUGCUGUGUCAGGGGCCCAUCUGAACCCAACAAUCACGAUUGCAACACUCUUCGCACGUCUAUGUUCUCUUCCUCGGGCGGUGCUAUAUGUUUCUUUUCAGGUUGGCGGCGCGGCGCUCGGGGGCUUGCUCGCUCGCGCAAGCUAUGGUACCAGAGACUUCAAGGUUGGAGGGUGCUGGCUCUACACUGAUAUCGUGCCGGUCUGGGACGCAUUUACGAUAGAGUUGAUGGCUUGCACUAUCUUGCUUUUUUUCGCUUUUGGCGUCGGUCUUGAUCCCCGGCAGAGGAACAUCAUAGGACCUACCCUUGGCCCAUUCCUAGUCGGCAUAGCACUUGGUAGCCUUUCGUUUGGAACAGGGUUCACGCGAUAUGGCUACGGAGGGGCCAGUAUGAAUCCGGCUCGGUGCUUCGGCUCAUAUAUUGGAAGCUCUUUCCCUGGAUUUCAUUGGAUACACUGGGCCGCAGACUUUAUAGCCUGCAUCGUGCACGCUGUUUUCUACCAUGUCUGUCCGCCUUGGGCAGUCCAACAAAGCAGAUAG